ACCAGUAAAGGGUUUGGAGUCGGAGAAAGAGGUCGACUUACGGGACUACUUCAUCGUGUUUUUUCCGCCUAUUAAAGCAGUUUGAGUGAGUCUUAGGGGGAACAGUUUGCUUUUUGAUGCCAUAUUUGAGCGAGAGCUAGGAUAAGGGCAGGAAUGGCAGACAUACGCAAAAAACUUGUCGUGGUGGGGGACGGCGCAUGUGGGAAGACAUGUCUACUGAUCGUGUUCAGCAAAGACGAGUUCCCCGAGGUGUAUGUUCCCACAGUGUUUGAGACAUAUGUGGCGGACAUUGAAGUAGACAAUAAGCAAGUCCAGCUGGCAUUGUGGGACACAGCUGGACAGGAGGACUACGACAGGCUGCGCCCUCUUUCCUACCCGGACACUGAUGUCAUUCUGAUGUGUUUCUCCGUGGACAGCCCGGACUCGCUGGAAAACAUCCCCGAAAAGUGGGUUCCUGAAGUUAAACAUUUCUGUCCAAAUGUGCCAAUUAUUCUGGUGGCUAACAAGAAAGAUCUGCGCAACGACGAGAACGUAAAGAACGAGCUGUCCCGAUUGAAGCUGGAGCCAGUGAAGGCAGAGGAUGGCCGGGCCAUGGCCAUGCGCAUUGGCGCAUAUGACUAUUUGGAGUGCUCUGCCAAAACCAAGGAGGGGAUCUGGGAGGUAUUCGAGACUGCUACACGGGCAGCCUUGCAAAAAAGAACCACACCUUCCCAAGGCUGCCUCAAAUGCUGUGUUUUGAUGUGAAUCGACGCUUUCGGGAAACGCGCUUGACGCGCAGGCGAGACGUUUCUCCUGCUGGGGAGCUGUGUCUGAACAUGUAUGGGCAGUAACCAUGGUUUGGAGACUCCCUUACAAUCAGACGACCCAGGCUGAACCAAAACCAAUGACUAAAUACAAGCUGUUUGAACACACUGGAUCAUCAUUCGAUGUCUGGGUGCGUGUGUUUGUGUGAAAUGCACUGGUUACAGCAUGUUCUUUGUGGGUCACAUGGUGCCAGUCUGACAGGUGGAGGGGUAAAAAAGGACAAAGGCUACAUUUCAGUGGAAGCCUUAUUUACCCACUUCUGAUGUGGACAUGGCCUUUGUAAAGGACUGCUUUCAAGCCAAGAUUUCAAAUACUCACUUUUUUGUGUUUCAAGUGUUUGCAGAGGCCACUGCCUCACUGCCAAGGUUAUACUUUUGUGAUAAGCAAAGCAGUAAAACACAUUGCACUCGUUAUUUAUGUCCACUUUGUAUUGUUAAAUGAGUACGUUUGGGAAAUUGCACAGCACCUGAGCACUAGUUAUUCACACAAAGUAUUAUGAGAAAAAAAUGAGCUUAAGUUCACGAUUUUGUUGAUUUGAAUCACAUCACAGAAACAUGUUUUGACCUCACAGUUAUUGUGUAUCUGUUUGAAUGCAACAAGAUGGUAAUCCAAGAGACUUAACAGUCUGCCAGUCUCCUAAAGGGCUUUUACCAUAUUUUUUGGUGCAGUUUACAAGUUUUCAAGUUGUUUUGCUCCAGUAUAGUGCAGAAACAGAAAUAUCUAAGUUUGUAAGCAUGCUUUUAUGCUUAUCACUGGCUGCAGUGGGAGAAGAAAGCUGCUUCUGGCCUUUAAAUUUAUGGCAAAAUAAUUGACUAAAAAGAAGCAUGUAAAUAGUGCAGCCAGGGAUUUUUAGCUAUCAUUUUACUACAGUUACAACACACACAUUUCAAACACACGAUAUUCUUCAUAAUCAUUCAAAUUUAGACCUUUUCUUUUUAAUUUCAGUAAUGUGGUUCAUAUUCUAGUGAGGAGACUGAGCAUGUGUGAGGGCCCGAGCAUGUGAGUGUUCGCUCAGUGAAACACAUUUUCUAAGAAAGUGUUAUGAAAAGGAAGAGUGGGGCUUUGUCAGUGCUCUGUGAGCCAGUUGCACACACUUGUAUGGGAUAAAGCCAUCUGAUGGCAAGUAAAAUGUCAAUGUUGUGUUUAUAAGCCCAUUUUUAUUACAAUCUUAAAAGGGUUUGACUGAAAUGGUAGGCGACACUAAAUGUAAGAUAUUUUUUUCUGACACUGCAACAUGUUUAAUCGAAUUGUGAUUUGUUUGAGACAAAUACUACACCUGAUGUCUUCCAUUAUGACUGUGAAUGUACCUCAAAUUUUGUCAAAAACGUUGAAGCUUUGAAGUGCACUACAGCAAUCAAUGUAUUUCAGCAUAUUUUUCAUACUUGUGAAAUAAAUUCUGCUCAUGUUCGAUCUGUUUCUCCACUAAAGUUGUUGUUUUAACGACCCGGUACUCAGCGGUGGGAAUGAUAGCUUUAAUGACAGCUAUGAACAUCGAUUACAGAGACUGUUACUACACUGGGAAUCCAGGGGGAAACCAAAGUGGAUCCUGGUUAUUCUGUUAGUUAAUGAUAAUUGGAAAAAAAAAUCUAGAAAGUCAAAUUAACUUGUAUAUUUACUUUUCUCCAGUACUACAUCACUAAUGUAAAGCUGAAUCAGAGUUUAAAGAAUAUCUUUUCUAAAUUCAGCUAGAGUUACAACAGCGUAAAAAGUCACAUUCCUCCCUGACUGCUGUUGCUGAGCUUUUUGCUGACUUACAGCACAGGAAUGCAUUGUGCUGGACUGGUUAAUUUUCCCACACUGGCCCCCCUCAUGUGCCUCUGAUUUCUAAAGUUAUAUGUUUUUAUUUCCCGACAGCGCAGCAGAGUUUCCAUUAAACUGGAAAUUUAAACUCUGAGAGAAGAUAAACAACAGACAAUGUGCCAAAUGUAUUUUUUCUGUUAUGGGUUUUUCAGAUGAUGGUCACAUUAAUUAAGGGACGUAAUCAGAAGUUUGAAGGGUAGAAUGGAAACAAUGGGAAUAUUUGUGAGGAAAAGUGAUGCAGAAUGUAAGGGAAAAGGCGGUACUGUUUUGGGAAAAUCAAUAAAGAAAUGAUGUGUUGCCAAAUCUA